CCAGCGCCGCUUCGUGCAUCAAGCCAGGAUUUUUUGGAGAUGAACCAACAACUUGCAUCAACCACAUCAUAGAGAGGAGCAGUCACAAACCCUCAAUAUGGAGGUCUCUUCAUUGGAGCUCUCUGCAGAGAUUAAAGAAAGCAAAGAUGAUACAGAGAGAAAGGACACUAGUAAUGCACCUGAGUAUCAGAGUAGCAGUGUGAAGAAGGCAAGGCUUCAUUUAACUCUGGGUGCUCUCCUUAAUGAUCCGAUACUAGCUGAUGUGCCCAAAAACCCAUCAUUCUCUGAUGUAGAUACCCUCAUAAGCUUGGAACUUGGCAGUGCCAUGCGGAUUACCAUCCUUAAAUUGGACAACACCUCUGUUGAUGUGGCUGUCCUGAAUUCUGCAACAGUUAAGGACUUGAAACAAGCAGUUAGAAAGAAGAUUGAAGAGAUGGAGGAUUCCAACAUGGGUCAUCGCCACAUUUCUUGGUAUGUAGUUUAGAAUUUGUAUUGUACGAUCACAUCAUUUCCUGCCUCUAGCUUAUUUCUUCUGAGAUAGAGCCAUCCUAAAAUGCUGUAUAUUUUUGUAUUUGGGCGUAACUUCUAGGUUUGAACAACUUGACUCAUUUAGAUUGUUUUUGCAACUUGGAACACUUUUUAACUUGUGAAUUGUAUCAGUUUUAUAUAAAGAGAAAACUAUCAGAUAGGCCCCUGUACUAUAGCAAAAACAUCAAUUAAGCCCUCGUACUUAAAAAACUCAAUUGAACCCUCGAACUUUUAAAAAACACUUAAUUGGGCGUUUUAUCAGGUAAAGGUCCGGUUUCCCGGUUAACAAUUCCGCAUGGCGCCUGCGUGUCAUUUUUUUCUUUUCCUUUUUCUUUUAUCCUUUCUUUUUCUAUUUCUCUUUUCUUUUUUUCCUUUUCUUUACCUAUUUCUUUCUUCUCCUCUAUGCUCAUACACAUGGAUAUUGUUCCAGCCGUGCACCCUCCCUCCGCCGGCCACUCCAGCUUCGAGCGACGAAGACCACUCCACAUGCUCUGAGCGACGAAGAUCACGCCGUACUUCCAGUGGGUCUUCCAUGAUGAUCUUAUUAGACCCACUUCACAUGCUCAAAAACUGGACCAAAUCCUCUUCCCCCAACCUUGGACGUUGAUAGGAAUAUGGCUCAGUAGGCUAUUAAUAAGAAAUAAUAAUAAUAAUAGUAAAGGUACUGGUAGUAGUAUUGUUAGAAGGGAGUAAUAAGGGGUUUGGGGGGUAAAAUUAGCUAAGGAGUUCAGUUUGGUCCCUGCGUGGACUUUUAUUAUAAAUAGAAGUGGGGUAGCUAAUUAGAGGAGGCUGUUAUUGGAUAUUAAGUUGUUGCCUUGGAGAGUGGUCUUCUCGAAUAGACUGGUUGCCUUGUUACCUACUGUUUACCUUUUACUAUCAAUACAUAUUUUAUCCUCUCUUUUGAUCAGAUCUGAGCCAUUAUUGAUAGCUUUAGAUUUCUCUUUUGCUUGUACCUAUCAAUGGUAUCAGAGCAGUUCUCCUAGGAUCAAAUUGAAGUGCCGACUUAUCAUCUGAAUCGAUCGAGAAUAUUAACUACCUGGAGAAAUGGAAAAGAGGAUGGAUUCGCUGGAGAGGAUCCUUACCGACUUGAAAACGAUGGCUGAUAACAUCGCAGCGAUGAACAAACACAACCAGACUAGAAGACGAUCAUGGUCGCCAACAACCCCUUCUCACCCUGUCACGAACUGUUUCUCACGGUUCAUCAUUGCAAGUCAUUCCUCACAGUAGUCCGCAGAAGUAUUUGCAGUCGCAGACGCGUACAGUGUCUACAAAUUCAUCUCAUUGUUCGAAAACGCGAACUUCAUCUCAUUGUUCGCAAACGCGAACUUCAUCUCACUGUUCGCAAACGCGAACUUCGUCUCACAGUUCUCAGUCGCGAACACGAACAGUAGCUUCCAGUUCUCAGAUGGCGUCUCAGUCGCGUACAGGUUCUCAUAGGCCGCAGAGUUCGACGCUCACAUAUCAUUCCAGUUCGCAGGGGUUUCUGCUAGCAUCUUCUUCUAAUUCGUCAUAUUUGCGACAAUCUGAAGUCUCCAGUUCGCAGUCGCGAACGGCUGUUCCCAGUUUGCCAUCGCAAACUGUUUCUCUCGGUUCACAGCUUUCAUCUCAGGCUUUCUCACCAGGGACUGCAUCGCUGAAAAUGAACGCUGAGUUGAAACCGGUUGAACCAUCUAUCAAGGAACCAGAUCCAGAUGAUGAUACAGCUCAAACUACAAGAUAUCAGUCAAAUCAUGUUGAAGGUUUGAACCCUCCUGAGGAGGAUCAAAAUGGAAUUCGUGUGGGUAAAGUGAAGGAUCAACUGUCAAGGCAACAGGAGGAGAAGGUAAAAGUCACAUAUAAAACAGAGAGGAGGAUUCAAGCACUGGGGUGGAAAUCAAAUAUCACUGUGAUGAAUGUUAGGCCUGAUGUUUUUGGAUCUCCUAUUGGGCCCAAUUCCAUAAUGGAUCAGUCACAACCUUUUCUAGUGGGUGCAGGAAUUGGUGCAUUCUCACCUGAAGUUGUGUUGCUGAAACUGGGGCAAGCUGUUUCUGGAGCUCCUAGUGGUGAAGAUUCCAAUCCACAAGGCAUACAGCUUCUUACUUCACCCAACGAUGAUGUUCGUGAGCAGGCUGUCAGGGCUUUGGGCAAUAUUGCUGGUGAUGUUCCAACCUGUAGAGAUCUUAUUUUGGGUCAAAUUGAAGCUGAUGGGGAGAUACUUUAUCACACAGUAUACAAUGGCAGAGAUCGAAUGACUGACCACAACAAGGAUUUCAAAGUUGAAACUCCUGCCGGGGAUUCAUCACUUUAUACCCGACCUGAUAAGCCUAAACAUGAUGUCUGGAAGGCACUCAAAUUAUUCAUUGAUGCAGGAGCCGGGCCUGCGGGAAGACUCACUUACAGAGGUGAAUUGGUAGACUUGACCAGACAGUCAUUGUCUAAGCUUGCAAAUCCGAUUUACAUUAAUGCAAUUGUUGGAGACACUCAUCCCUGUCCGCAGGAUUCUGAUAUACUGAAGCUCGUUGCUGAUAGACUAAGAGAUACAUCUUUACUGAUGACAAGGUGUACAUUGGAGAGGCUAAAGGAAGUACACAGUGUGGAUGGAAGUAUCUCAAUACUUGAUAUGGAAAUUGUUUCUGACCUUGCUAUUGAGAUGACAAAGGGAUUCCCAUUUGAUCCUUUUGUUCUUCCAAGGGAUGUUGUUGUGUGUAGCCAAAAUGCGGCAGAAGACGGCAUUCUUUCACUGGACAGCAUCAUUGUUGUUAUGGAGGCAAACCUGGGAAGUAGCUUGGAUAAAAUUCUAACAGCAGUUACUGAACCAAACCAACCAGCAAUGGAAAAAUGGGCUGAGCAGAAUGACAUAGGUGGAGAAGUUGAUGCCCUAGGUGGGAGUCCAAAGGUGAAGGAAGCAAUGAUGAAGAUCCAUGCACAGAAGCUAAAAGCCCAAAAAUCAGUAAAGUACUGGGAAGGGAGAGGUGCAAGAAUGAAGCGGAAGGGGAAGAUUAUGGCUGAUUCCUAUCACCCACCUUGAGGACAAGGUGGUUGUUCAGGGGGGAGUAUUGAUAGGAAUAUGGCUUAGUAGGCUAUUAAUAAGAAAUAAUAAUAAUAAUAAUAAUAAUAAUAGUAAAGGUACUGGUAGUAGUUUUAUUAGAAGGGAGUAAUAAGGGGUUUUGGGGGUAAAAUUAGCUAAGGAGUUCAGUUUGGUCCCUGCGUGAACUUUUAUUAUAAAUAGAAGUGGGGGUAGCUAAUUAGAGGAUGCUGUUAUUGGAUAUUAAGUCGUUGCCUUGGAGAGUGGUCUUCUCGAAUAGACUGGUUGCCUUGUUACCUACUGUUUACCUUCUACUAUCAAUACAUAUUUUAUCCUCUCUUUUGAUCAGAUCUGAGCCAUUAUUGAUAGCUUUAGAUCUCUCUUUUGCUUGUACCUAUCAGAAGUCUGGAACGACCUCACCUCCAACCUCCAUGGCACCACCUGUAAAUGGCCGGAUCUAUAGGCUCCAUCUCUUCUUACCUCUCCAAUAGCACCAAUCUUUAUGCCUUGGGCCUCUCCUCCAAUCCCCUCGCCGGUCCCAUCUCGUCGGAGCUGGGUUUCGCCUGGAAUUCCUCCCCACUGGUAUGAACGGGAUCUGUGCGGCCGGCGGAGAGAGUCCAAUAGCACUCUCUUUGGUUCAAACACGGGCUGUCCAUCCCCAGAAUAUGGUGGUAGCGUAGGUCUGGUUGCAGCUAAGUCGCCUAUCCUUUUUUUGAGUAAGGAAACAUGAAACACCGGGUGUACUCGUGAAUUCUCAGGUCUUGAUGUUGAUGAUGAUGAUAUUCCAAGUUCCAAAAGAAACCCUAUUGUCAUUGUUUAUGGAAGUGCCUUUCUGUUGACGUUUCUCUUGUGGAUUCAGCAACUAGCUUAUAUUUCAAAUGAUGAUCACAUUCAUUAACCCUUCACAAGUAUAUGGCCUUUUACUUGAUAGAGGUUUGCUGCUCUUCACAUACAGGAAACAUGUUUGGGACAAUUUCUGCUUAUCAUAUAAUAAUGAGAAGCUUCUCGAUGAUGGGGCUAAACUUCAGGAUUAUGGCAUACGAACCAACUGCGUGGUACAAUUCACUCCCUAUGUUAUGUCAAGAGCCUCACAACGACAUUCCAGGAGUAGAAAACACCGCUUCUUUCACGGUCUUAACAAAACUGGAUGAACUUUGUAAUUUGUAUCAUUUCAUCAUAGAGUUAGCCCACUUUAUGGAAACAAACAUUGCUGUAAAGGUACAAUGUAUUGCCUUUUUGUAAGAUUGGGGAAGAAUUAUAAUAGAAAUUGUAAAUCGGGAAGACCAAUGCCAUCAAUUAAAGAUUAAAUAUUGAACCCCAUUUAUAAAACAUAAAAAAAUUGACUUGACCAACGUUGGCUCUGCCAGUUGAC